AUGGCAUUGAUUUUCUCUUCUGGCGCCAAAUCGCCUUGCAAGAUGUUGACUUUUCAGAAUAGGCCACCUAACAAUUUCAAACAAUUAGUAAAUGUGUGUAUCUUUAAUAAAAUUGUCGUUUAUCUAUCUAUCUAUCUAUCUAUCUAUCUAUCUAUCUAUCUAUCCCGGGUCAUAUGUCGAAAAAACACUAUCUAUCUAUCUAUCUAUCUAUCUAUCUAUCUAUCUAUCUAUCUCCAUUUUCAUUAUCUAUCUAUCUAUCUAUCUAUCUAUCUAUCUAUCUAUCUCAGCCGCUACAAAUCGGUUCCAGGCCAUAUGUUUUAUCGUGUCAUCGCUGGUCUUUACAUGGUUAUAUCUUUUAUUCAAUCUGUUAUAAAAUUUAUUUGCAAAGUCUUUCUUCCUUCUUUCCUUUCUUUUUUCUUUCUUUCGUUAUUUCUUUCAUUCUUUACCCACGUCAAUGCGCCGGAUCAAUAUGUUUUUUUAAAUAUCUAUUUGCUCGCCAAGGUCGAAAGAAUCAUUUGA